GGUGAGAGUUCAGGCGGGAUGGGGGGGGGGAGCGGCCGGUAACCGGGCAGUGACCCGCCGGGUGAGCGAGCCAUGCUCGGGUCCGGUGUCCCUGUGGUCCCUGGAAAUCCCGUGACAAUGAUUUAAAGGUCAUUAAGAAGAUUGUGAGCACGGAAAUGCUGAAAUGACGGAAUCGGAAGAGACGGUCCUGUACAUAGAGCACCGCUACGUGUGCUCAGAAUGUGGGGAGGAAUUUCCCAACCUGGGGGACGCGGUCCUGCACCAGCAGAGCCACCCUGCAGCCGCGCCGGAGCCCCAGUACCAGGUCCUUGGGAUCAACUCUCAGGAAAACCAGUAUCAGUGCCUGGAAUGUGGGCAGCUCCUGAGGACUCCCGGGGACCUGCUCGCCCACCAGGAGCUGCACCUCCGGUUAUUGAACACCCCAAAGCCUGAGAGCCCUAAAACCAAGCGGGCGUCCCGCAGUGAGAUCCACUAUGAAUGCCCAGAAUGUAAAGCUCUGUUCAACAGCCAGGACGUAUGGAUGGCCCAUAGGUACACGCACAUGGAAUCCCGGGACGCGGCACAGUCCAAGGUUGUGCUGCAGACAGAAGAGCACGUCCUGGAGGACACGCUGCAGCUCAUGUGUAACCCCUCGGCUCCGGGCGAGGUCCAUCUUGUGGCAGGACAGCAGCAGUUCCAUGUGCCCAGCCAGUCGUCCGCUGCGUUAUCUCACACACAGGUGCUGGUGAACUUGGAGCAUUCUUACAAGAAGACGGAGGGUGCGGGGGAGGAUUGUGCGGUGGAAGUCUUGUUUUUUAAGUGUUCAGAGUGCACUCAGCUUUUCCAAAGUCCUACAGAGUUCCUCGAUCAUCAAGCUACUCAUUUUCAGGGGCAGGAGAGCAGUCACCAUCCUGAGCCGCCUCAACCGGGUGCAGUCCAACCAGCAAGUGACCCGGUGCAGGAGGAGGAUGAGGCCGGUGAACCGAUUAGUGGUGAGACCUUGCUCUCUACUGACGGAGAGCUGGGGACUGAAGGCCCUCCAUUGUCCUGUUCUCCGUGUGGAAUGACCUUUAAGAAUGGCGGGGAACUUGAAGUUCAUCAGAUGUUUCAUCAGACAGGCCCCUUUAAUUGUCCACUGUGCAGUAAAGUAUUUCCUACCCCUGCGGAGCUGGACGAGCACCUCCAAUCCCAUCAGGGGGAGUCCCACUACCUGUGUAUGGACUGCGGGCUCGGCUUUGCCAGUGAGGCUGUCCUGUUAAACCACCGCAGGACUCACCUCUCGGACCCCCUCUACUCCUGUGAGUGCGGACUGACAUUUGUUAAUAUGACCAAAUUCCUGUAUCACAGACGUCAACACAGCAACAAACCCCGGGAGCCGGCACCGGCGGAGGAGAAAAUGGUGAAGAACUACAGCUUCCCAAGUCCUGCCGGGGGCUUUGUGUGCUCCUGCGGUAAAGAGUUCCCUUCUCUUCCUCAGUUGUUACGCCACCAGCACUUUGUGCAUUCACUGGAAAGGAGGCACAAAUGCCCAACAUGUGGCAAGCCCUUCAAAAAGCGAUCGCACCUACGAAACCACAUGCUGACGCACACGGGCGAGCGGCCGUACUCCUGCACAGAGUGCACCAAGUCCUUCAACUCCCAGGCCAAUCUGCUGCGGCACAAGCUGACCCACACAGGGGAGAAGCCCCACAAGUGCCAGGUGUGUGGUAAAGCCUUCAGCCAGUCCUCCACCCUCCAGACGCAUCUUUUUGUCCACAGUAAGGCCUAUCCGUACAAGUGCUCAGAGUGCGGGGUCAACUUCCACCGCCCCUACCGUCUCCUCAUGCAUCAGUACCAUCAUACCGGAGAGUAUCCAUAUAAGUGUCAGGACUGUGGCCUUUCCUUCUUGCUCAAGAGGCUGCUGGAAGUCCACCAGCUCGGGCAUAAGGGUGACGUGCCUUCCAAAUGUGUGGACUGUGGCACCAACUAUCCCAGUGCACAGAGGUUAAAGGAUCAUCGGUGCAAUCGUGCCGGUGGUGGAGCCGGAGAGAAGCUGGAGUGCCCUAUAUGUGGUAAGAAAGUCAAUUCUGAUUCCCGUCUAAAUGCCCAUAUCGCAGCCCAGCAUGCGGGCACCAAGCCUGUCCAUGGAUGUUCAGUAAAAGGUAAACAACCAGCAUCUCCACAGAGCAGACAGAAAGUGGGCACCAAGAAGCUGGAGUGUCCUGACUGCCACAAGACCUUUAGUACCGAAACCUCCUUACAGGUUCACCGCAGAAUCCAUACCGGUGAGCGUCCUUACCCCUGCCCAGUCUGUGGCAAAGCCUUCCGACAGUCCACCCACCUGAAGGACCACAUGCGCCUGCACACAGGGGAGAAGCCCUUUAAGUGUGACGUGUGCGGUAAAGCCUUCACCAUUGCCGUUCGUCUGUCCGAACAUAAACGCAUCCACACCGGGGAACGCCCUCACACCUGCCCGGACUGUGGCCGCGCUUACCGCUCCUUCUCGAACUUGUGGAAACAUCGCAAGCUGCAUCGCGAGCAGAUGCUCCCGCCAGCAGCCCACGAGUCCCAAUCCAAUGACCUCUCCAGCACCGUAGCCAUCCUAGAGACUGUAGAAACCAUUCCCAUCAUCGAGACGGUGGAGAUCUUCCCCGAGGGCAGCACCAUCAGUGUGCAGGAUAUUCAGUUUGAGACUUUGCAGGUGGAGAAUAUUCAUUUGGGGAACAUUCAGAUUGGAACCUUAUGAGACGGCGAAGGGCGCUAACACCCCACUGCCAGGGCAUAGGCUGGGGUCUGCAUAAUGCGCUACCACUGCUUUCAGAGGUCUGCUUUGUGUCCGUCCGCCAUUGAUGUUCAUAUUUUAAUUAAACCCUCUCCUUAUUAACCUUUA